CCUCUUCCCCUUUCCAUCAAAAAAAAAGGGAAAAAACCCUAAAAUUCUCGCUCUCCUUUCCGUCGCUCUCAUACAAAUCUCUCUUCGUAAAAUCUGAAUCAUUUUCCAACAACAAAAUAUGUCAAGCGCUUUGGAUAUGUCACUUGACGAUUUAAUCAAGGGCAAUAAAAAGCCUGGAUCCGGCGGUUACUCCCGCGGCCGCGGCCGUGGAGCUGCUGCUGGAGCCGGUGGUGGUGGUGGUGGUCCUGGACCUACUCGCCGCUUCAAUAACCGAGUUGCUAAUCGCGCCGCUCCUUAUGCGGCCUCUAAGGCGCCUGAAUCUGCGUGGCAGCACGAUAUGUUUGCAGAUCAAGUAUUUCAAGGACAAGGCGGCGGCGCAGGUGGCGGCAGAGCUUCUGCUAUUGAGACUGGAACUAAGCUUUACAUUUCUAAUCUUGAAUAUGGAGUCUCUAAUGAGGAUAUUAAGGAGUUGUUUUCAGAAGUCGGGGAUUUGAAGCGGUACUCAAUCCAUUAUGACAGGAGUGGCAGAUCGAAGGGCACGGCAGAAAUUGUCUUCUCUCGACGAACGGAUGCUUUGGCUGCUGUCAAGAGAUACAAUAACGUUCAGCUUGAUGGAAAACCUAUGAAGAUUGAGAUUGUUGGAACAAAUAUUCCUACUCCUCCUUCAAUGCCUGCUGCUAAUGGCAGUUUUGGAAACUUAAAUGGAGCUUCUAGAGGGAGACAAGGAAGAGGAGGUGCAAUGGGGAGACCACGAGGUGGCAGUGGUGGCGGCCGCGGAUUUGGAAGAGGUCGUGGACGUGGAAGUGGGAGUGGAAGUGGAAGGGGUCGUGGUGAAAAAGUAUCUGCAGACGAUCUUGAUGCUGAUCUUGAGAAGUAUCAUUCAGAAGCUAUGCAGACAAAUUAAAGCUGGCUUUCUCUCCCUUGGUUGGUCUUUCAGCUUUUGUCCGUCGCCUUUUAUGUGCUUGAUUGUGCAAGAUUUCCGACUAUGUUUCUGUAACUUUAUCAAGUCCUGGUCUUAGCGAUAUAGGAUAUAUUCAGAAAAAAUUGUUAGAAUCUUUAUUUUGAAGUGUGGUCUUUUAUUACCAGAUUGUUCCUUGACUUGGGUAUUAAAAUGGGGUUAAAUUGGACGGCUUCAUUAUGUAAUAGCUAUCAUUCUUUUGGCUUCAUUGGCUUCUUAUGUCCUCUGUGUUUUACUCCGGAAGUUGAAGUAUGAAGUGGAACUAUAUAUUUCCUCGUA